GGCGGCCGCGCCGGGCAUGGAGCUGGCAAGCCCGCGCUGAGGCAGGGCGCUCCUGCUAGCAGCCAGCGAGAGGCUCUCCGCCGUCCGGCGCGCAGGCUCCCCGGCCGGGGCCGGGCAAACUUUUCUUUCUCUUUUGCCCUCUCCUGAGGCGCCUUCUGCGGCGGGCGGACCGACUCCUCGGCGCGGCGGGGCCGGGGCAGGCUGGACGCAGCAUGAUGCGCGCAGUGUGGGAGGCGCUGGCGGCGCUGGCGGCGGUGGCGUGCCUGGUGGGCGCGGUGCGCGGCGGGCCCGGGCUCAGCAUGUUCGCCGGCCAGGCGGCGCAGCCCGACCCCUGCUCGGACGAGAACGGCCACCCGCGCCGCUGCAUCCCGGACUUUGUCAACGCGGCCUUCGGCAAGGACGUGCGCGUGUCCAGCACCUGCGGCCGGCCCGCCGGGCGCUACUGCGUGGUGAGCGAGCGCGGCGAGGAGCGGCUGCGCUCCUGCCACCUCUGCAACGCGUCGGACCCCAAGAAGGCGCACCCGCCCGCCUUCCUCACGGAUCUGAACAACCCGCACAACCUGACGUGCUGGCAGUCCGAGAACUACCUGCAGUUCCCGCACAACGUCACGCUCACGCUGUCGCUCGGCAAGAAGUUCGAGGUGACCUAUGUGAGCCUGCAGUUCUGCUCGCCACGGCCCGAGUCCAUGGCCAUCUACAAGUCCAUGGACUACGGGCGCACGUGGGUGCCCUUCCAGUUCUACUCCACUCAGUGCCGCAAGAUGUACAACCGGCCGCACCGUGCGCCCAUCACCAAGCAGAACGAGCAGGAGGCCGUGUGCACCGACUCGCACACCGACAUGCGCCCGCUCUCGGGCGGCCUCAUCGCCUUCAGCACGCUGGACGGGCGGCCGUCGGCGCACGACUUCGACAACUCGCCCGUGCUGCAAGACUGGGUAACGGCCACCGACAUCCGCGUGGCCUUCAGCCGCCUGCACACGUUCGGCGACGAGAACGAGGACGACUCAGAGCUGGCGCGCGACUCGUACUUCUACGCCGUGUCCGACCUGCAGGUGGGCGGCCGCUGCAAGUGCAAUGGCCACGCGGCCCGCUGCGUGCGCGACCGCGACGACAGCUUGGUGUGCGACUGCAGGCACAACACGGCCGGCCCGGAGUGCGACCGUUGCAAGCCCUUUCACUACGACCGGCCCUGGCAGCGCGCCACAGCCCGUGAGGCCAACGAGUGCGUGGCCUGUAACUGCAACCUUCACGCCCGGCGCUGCCGCUUCAACAUGGAGCUUUACAAGCUGUCGGGGCGCAAGAGCGGAGGCGUCUGCCUCAACUGUCGCCACAACACGGCCGGCCGCCACUGCCACUACUGCAAGGAGGGCUACUACCGCGACCUGGGCAAGCCCAUCACCCACCGCAAGGCCUGCAAAGCCUGCGAUUGCCACCCUGUGGGCGCCGCUGGCAAAACCUGCAACCAGACCACGGGCCAGUGCCCCUGCAAGGAUGGUGUGACCGGCAUCACCUGCAACCGCUGUGCCAAGGGCUACCAACAGAGCCGCUCCCCCAUCGCCCCCUGCAUAAAGAUCCCCGUGGCACCGCCGACCACUGCAGCCAGCAGCGUGGAGGAGCCCGAAGACUGUGAUUCGUACUGCAAGGCCUCCAAAGGGAAGCUGAAGAUUAACAUGAAAAAAUACUGCAAGAAGGACUACGCCGUCCAGAUCCACAUCCUGAAGGCGGACAAGGCAGGGGACUGGUGGAAGUUUACGGUGAACAUCAUCUCCGUGUACAAGCAGGGCACCAGCCGCAUCCGCCGCGGUGACCAGAAUCUGUGGAUCCGCUCGCGGGACAUCGCCUGCAAGUGCCCCAAAAUCAAGCCCCUCAAGAAGUACCUACUGCUGGGCAACGCGGAGGACUCGCCCGACCAGAGCGGCAUCGUGGCGGACAAGAGCAGCCUGGUGAUCCAGUGGCGGGACACGUGGGCGCGGCGGCUGCGCAAGUUCCAGCAGCGCGAGAAGAAGGGCAAGUGCAAGAAGGCCUAGCGCGGCGGGUGCGGGGGGGGGGGGGCAGCGGCGCGCCGGGCGGGCUGGGCGCCGGGGCCGGCG